CUGGAAGAAGGAAGAGAGAUGAUGCGGAGCAGCGACUAAAAGCUUCAUAAACUCCUCUCUUUGCUCCCUGCCGGUUGAGUUUAAGUUCAUAUCCAGGCUGCUGCGUGGCCUCCGUGUCCAGUCCGGUCCUAACCCGGCUGCUCUCAGAGUUUACUGGGAGAUUCGCCUUCGAUGCGCCUUGAAAAGCACUUUGCAGCAUCUUGCUAGCAGCAGCUAAGCUAAGCUAGCCGAGCGAGCGAGCCACCCGGCGACAGGCGCUCUGCGGUCCGGGAACCGGCCGGCCAUGAAACGGGGCAGAGCCUGCCCGGUGAAGGUAGUCCGUGGGUGUUAAUCAUUACUGGGACGGGUGGUUGCGCAGUGGCAGACACCUGAAGUUAUCCAGCCGCUUUGGAAACCGCCCCCGAUGUUCGCAUCGGGCUAACGGUUAGCGUCAGGUUACGACUUCAGCUAGCUCCACUAACGACAGGUAACACCGGCGGUUCCGGACAUGGCCUGUAAUCCCGCACCGGGCGUCCCCAGCCGGGCUAAUGGAGAGGACGACCCGGGACAGGGCUCCGGUUCUGGGCGUUCGGGUCGGCACGAGUCCGAGUCUGAGCCCGACGCCGGGGCGACGGUGAAGAGCUUCUCCCGGCUGUGCAGCAGGGACGAGGAGGAGCGCACCGCGGCUCUGGAGGAGCUCAGCCUGGGGGUCGAGGCGUGUUUGAACCUGGACCGACCCGGUUCGGCCCGGAUGAGCAGACGGACUCUGCUGCACCUGCUCCGACUGUCCAGGUCGUGUCCGCUGCAGGAGGUCCGGGAGAGGGCUGCCAAGCUGCUCCGGACCGCACAGGAACAAGGAGUUGAAGUACCUCGGGCCUUGGCCACAGGCCCCAGUGCCUUUAUCCCUGCAAAGGAGGUUUUGAAAGAAGGGCCAAACCAGGACAUCCUCAUCGAGUCUUUCCUGUCGCUGGGCCGGGUGGACCACGUCACCAUGGUGAUGGCGCUGCAUCCCGCCUAUCUCAGCUGUUUCCUGAGGACCCAUCAUGCUUUGUUGGAGCUGGACGGCCCCUUGCCCCAUCACUGGAGACAUUACAUCGCUGUCAUGGCCGCAGCUCGACACCACUGCUCGUACCUGGUGCAGCAGCACAGCAGCAGCUUCCUGGAGGCCGGGGGCGAGGAGAGCUGGCUGAGCGGCCUGGAGCGCGCGCCCACCAAACUCCGCAGCCUGCAGACGCUCAACAAGCUGCUGGCACACAGACCCUGGCUGAUCACACAGCAGCACAUCCAGGAGCUGGUGUGUCCCGGAGCGGAGCCUCGCUGGUCGCUCGCCGAGCUGAUCCACGCCGUGGUGCUGAUGGCGCACGCCCACUCGCUGUGCUCCUUCGUGUGGGGCUGCGGCCUGAACCCCGAGCCCGACCACGUCGGGGGCUACACCUUCCAGCCCCCGUCGCCCGGCCACGUUCCCCCCAGCCCCCACAGCCCGGCUCCUGAGGACGGCAGGCCGGAGCUGGUCGACGGAGCGAUGGAGGUGGAGGUGCUGAUGAAGAGGAUGGUGGAGCUGCAGCAGCAGCAGGAGGAGGAAGAGUGUACCCAGGAGGAAAUGGUGACUCGCUUUGAGAGGGAGAGGAGCGAGAGCAUACCCACCGCGGUGGUGCGGGGCGCUCCGCCUGACCUGGUGCUCUGUCUCGUGGAGGAACCAGAGUUCAGAUAUGAAGACUUUGCCCCCAGGGGAGAGCAGUCACCACCCACCAUGAGAGCACAGGACUACUCAUGGGAGGACCACGGCUUCUCUCUGGUCAACAGGCUGCUGCCGGACAUGGGCCAACUCCUGGAUGAGAAGUUUCAGGUUGUGAGCAACCUGACCUACCACCGGAUGGCCAUGCACGAAGGUGUGGACACUCUCACUCUGAGAAAAGCUCUGUGGAACUACAUCCACUGCCUCUACGGCAUCCGCUACGAUGACUACGACUACGCCAGCGUCAACGUGUUGCUGGAGCGCUCUCUGAAGGUAUUUGUGAAAACCAUGGCCUGUCAUCCCGAGCAGACCACGGCUCGCAUCUACCACACCUUCUGGAGACACUUCAGACACUCCGAGAAGGUUCAUGCAAACAUCAUAGUGAUGGAAGCCCGGCUACAGGCCGCCCUUCUUUACACUCUGCGAGCCAUCACACAUUACAUGAGAUGACACACUCGUACACAUUUUUUUUUUUUUUUUUUGCAGAAGCUGAGCCAGCUGUGAUGCGCCGCAGUUCAAUCUUGCACACACUUUCUUUCUCUCACACACACACACUUACACACACACACUACAGUGAAUGUUUGUAUAUGCAGAUCGUAUCUUUCAGUGUUAUUGUUUUGAGGCUGCUUUGUGACUGGGAUAUUGUAUAUUUAAUUGUACCUCUUUUGCACUGAAGUGUAUUUGGUUUUUUGUUUUUUUUUCCCCCUCUAUUUGCGCCUCGAGUGUCAUUCUGACUAUCUUGCACAUCACUCAGCAUCUCAGACAUAUUCACAUGCCAGCUACUGACUGAGAUCCGAUAUAGCUGAAUCGUCAUCCCGAUUGCUGAUUUUUUUUGUUUUGUUUUGUUGUUGUUCUCUGAGAAAACCCGGUCUCACACCACUACAGCUCAAGCCUCAGUAAUCCUGUGUCGGUGGCACGUGGAGGCUGAGAUCAAACAUGACGAAAUGUGUAUUUUUUUA